AUGAAUGUAGUCAUUUAUAUCUUUUCCUUUUUGACAUUAUAUAAUAUUUUUUGUUCUUAUGUAAGUAAUGCUUUUAAAAUAAAAUCCGCUUCAGGAUUUACGACUUUUAGGGAGUGGAAAAAAGAUACAAGAAGGAUAUCAAAAUUAUAUAACAAUUUGGAAAAAGUAAAUAAUGAUUUAAAAAAGAAAGAUAUAAUAAAAAAAUGGACUGAGAAUUAUCAUUUGAGAAUAAUAUUAAGUUCCUAUUUUUCCGAUCAUUUACAAAAAGCUGUUUUUAAUGUGAAAGAAAAGUUAAAUCAAUAUCCUCAGUUUAUAGUAGCAGGUCCAAUUCCUCAAAAGACAAUAAGAAAGAGGUUUACAUUUUUGAGAUCUCCUCAUGUGGAUAAAGAUAGUAGAGAACAAUUCGAAAUAAAACAAUACAGUUGUAAAUUAGAUAUUUUUUUGAACUCUUCUGUUCCUAUAAAAAAUUCUGAAUUGAAAUUGCCCAGAUUUGUAGGUUUUGAAUAUUACUUUGAAGAGAAUUAUAAAGGAUUGUCAAAAGAAGAAGUAAAAAAAUUAAAGAAGAAAAAAUAUGUCAGUAAAUAUUUUACCAACUUAUAUAAUGCUGAAGAAAAAAAAAAAUAUGUAGAUUUGUUACUUGAGAAUUCUAAAUAUAUGAAUGUCAAAUUACCAAGAAAUUUUUUCGAAUUAUAUAAAUUCCCUUUAGAAAUAUUAAAGCAUUAUUACAAAAAAACAAUGGAAAAGAAAAAGUGGUACCAUGAAAAUGAGGAGUUAAUGAAGAAAAUCGAAUCUUUAUCUUUUGAUUGA